GUGUUGUGGCAUAGAAUGACGCGGUAAGUGUGCUUUUGUGAAAAGGCGAAUAUUGGUACAGAUUUUUUCCAGAUCAAUAUGGUAUUACACACACCGAAGGUGCUAGUUGGAAUACAUUUCAUACUUCUGUUAUCCCCUGUUUACGCGAGCGUUCAUUUUCAAACGUUAAGGGUUGACUGUGAGCCAUUAUGUCGGAAAAUACAACCCUUUACCGGCUAUUGUCCUGUAUAUGGGUCAUGCCAGUGGUACUGCCAUGAAAAACAGGCAGAGUGUCCAACAAACACCAGAUACCAUUGUGCUCGAAACUUUAAUGACCAGGACAGCUUUGUUGCGGCGUGUGCACAGGAAACAUUCUGUCGGGCAGGUGAGGAGCCUCCAAUAUCGAAAUAUAACGUUAGUAGUGAACCUAAUCAAGGAACGGCUUCCGUUUUCUGUAGACCAUGUUCCAGCCCAGAAAGAUUCAAUGCUCGCUUCAAUACUUCGUCUGCAACUUACAGUGAAUGUCCCAAUGUGAAAACCAAUCUUUGUACGGAGCAAGCACACAAACUGGACUGCGGAUAUGUGUCAUACAGGGACCUUACAAAAACCGACCGAUAUUGUCGAUAUGACGCUAGGAACGGGUAUGCUACACAAUCGGCAGAAAUGUGCUUUUAUGAAAAUAAACACUGCUUCCAGAAGAAAUGCCCUGCCGAUGAAGAACUUUUAUUAGAUUAUUCGUGUGCUUAGAUUUGCCAAAUUGGUUUCGCCAGACUGCAAACCUCCGAUGUAUGUCGCCCAACAGAGAUAAACAUGUCAAUCAUCAUAUCAACUCAGCCUUUGUCGAACGAUCAUUCAUAUAUGAUGACCACUACCGUACACGGUGUUACAGAAAAUAAGCCAUUUCGGACACCUUUUGAAGGGAAAUAUACCAUCGUUUCAAUUGUGGCUUUACUCAGUCUUAUACAUAUUACUGUUCUUGUCAUAGCAGUAAAUUGUUUUAUUCAAGACAGAGUGAUUCGAGAAGAGAUCCCACUCAUAGAACGUCCAACAGGAGACAAAAACGCAUCGGAAGCGCUUUGUUUUGAGACAACACAUUUUGAAAAUACUGAGACAUCGACAACCAGAUGUUCGGGGACAGUUGCAUUGCAAUUUGAUGAUACAAAAGCAGAUUCACCUAAACCAAGUAUUACUAGAGCAGAUGAUCCCACGAACAGACUUGAGCACUACCCAGGGCAGCAAACGAUGCAAACUAUCCUUAAGCAAAUAAAUGAGAAAGGUUUCAAAUGGAAAACAUGUUUAGAAACUAUAAGAAACGAUACAGAUGUCAGUAAGCUUAGUGGUUUCGAGAUGGAACAAAAAGAUCCUUAUUUCACCGAAGUUCGUACAAGAAUCGAUGUCCCCGGUUACCAGGCAUAUGAAAUACCCUUUAACGACACAGCUUCCCUGUAUGAGAUUGUAAGUGUACAACUGUGUGGAGAUAUAAACAUGGAGGCAAUAAUACGAGUGGCUGUAGCACGAUCUGCGCUAAACAACUACACACAAAAUGUCAAGAAGCUUGUUGACAUGUUCAGUAAAUCGACGGAUGCUGUUCAAGAAGCCAAAACAUUCUUCGACGCACAUAGAAUUUAUUAUAAAGUUACAAACCUGAAGAGGGAUGUUGAACAUUGUUAUUUUGAACGUAUGCGUGAAAUCAUCGUUGAAGGGAGAAGCAAGGGUCCUAUGCACGUGGAAUUAUUUGGUGAAGUGUUAAAUUGCUAUAAAAUCCAGCACGACGAUGGUGGAUGUUUCGACGGUAAAUGCGAAAAAAUGUUACCUGGUCUCAAUAUAGGACUAUAUUCAUGCGAACCCAUUGAUAGAGAAUUGUGCGUUUACUGGCUUUGGUCAGACUCUCAUGACCCGGGUCAGUAUAUAAUCAUCCCUUUACUUAAAAACGACAAAAAAUAUGAAUAAUCUGCCAUGGACUCUGAGACCCUUUCAAACACACCAAUUCAGAAACAAUGUCAGGAUAUUAUCGACAAAAUAUCUAAGCCAAGCCUGUUUAGUUGGAAAGAAUGUUUAAACAUGAUCGAAUAUGGAGUAAGUUGGGAUUUUGCCAGUUUGAAAACAGUUCGUAUUUGCAAACCAAAAGAAACAGUGGCUAUUAACACUGCGAUUGCUCCUGGCUUUACGGCCUAUGAAAAACCUGCGAACGAACCCGUGUGUGUAUACGAGUGGAUAAGCCGUGUGUAUGAGGGUACAGAUUGUAUGAAGUUUAUCGUUCGUUUGGCUGCAGCGCGGUUUGCGAUGGAGAACUUUAACAAAUAUAUAACAAUGCUGUGUGAAGCUUUUAAUAAAUCGAACAACCCCUCUUCUGAUGCAAAAAUAUUUUUCAAACUCCACGGCAUUGAUUAUCAAAACAGCAACGAUUUAAAGAACGGUGUAAAAAUCGCGUUAGCGGUUCUGGUGCGAGACACAGUCUAUGAGGGAAAAGGAAACGGCCCGCUUUUCUUAGAUUUCUUGUGCGGUGCAUUUAACUACCAACUUACAAAACACUUCGAGAAAAAUCGAUUCCGUGGUCAAGACGUGGGGACAAUUCCAGCUCUUACCGCUACAUUGACAUCCAUACCACCGAGUGACAGAGAAGUGCAUCUGUUAUGGAUGGAGUCAAGAAACGAUACACCUGGUAUGUGUAGAAUUCUCCGAUUGAAAACAGACAAAUACACGAACGACGAUAAGGCCUCAUGUGUUACUUAAGACAGUAUAUUGGAUACUCUUAUAUACAUAAGUUACAAAUUACAUUUAUUAUAAUUUUAGCUUUCUUAUGAUAAUCAUGCCCUCCAAAUGUAGGGUUUAUAAUGUAUGUGUGUGCGUGUUUUCAAAUACAUAUAAUCUAUUUUGACAUACCGGAAUUAUAGUGUUUUGGAAGACCGAUCAUACGCAGUACAUAUUUGAUAUAUAUUCUGAUUGGUCGAAAUAGAAAUAGUAAACGAAAAGAAAGGAACAGUAGUGAACAUGACUGUGUAAAUACGAGCAGUAAAAAGAUACAAAAACACAGAGGCCCGUCCAGUGAGAACUAGAUUUUGGACUUUUCUUCCUCCGUUAAUGACUUACUUGGAUAUACAAACUCUGUGUUAUACGGCGAAGAAGACGUUGAAGUAACGAAUACUAGUGUUUUUGGAAACAACCAGGAAGCAUACGAUCCAACGAAGGUUAACACCAUGGCGGCAGCGCAGCCAACAUAACAUGACGUUGAAGUUUGCUUGAAGGCAUAAGUUGACGACGCACUGUAGUCAAACACAAACUACAAUGUCUUGAUAAGAUGGACCACCGCAUGGCUCUUGACGAUAGAGUCAAAACGGUUGCAGAGCGCGAUUUCAAGCUCGACCAUAUCUCCGAGGGGCGGAUAUUGCAGCCGCACAGGUUAGAAGUAGGUUAGAUGAUCUUGAGCGUGAGCGUAAUAGUCUUCGUGACGAUUUGAUGUACAUGAACGCUCAAAGCCUGAGAAAUAACCUUGAAUUUACUGGUGUACCGGAAACAGAGAACGAAACACAUGAGACAACCGACAAGAUUCUGAGAAAACAUUUGAGCGAUGCCCUCAUAAUUGUUCAGAAAACUGCGGACACUAUCAGGUUUUAGAGGGUCCAUCGAUUGCUUGCGGAACACACACGUGGGAAGGUUAUUUCUAUAAAUAGAAUUCGAAAUAGAAAUAGUUAACGAAAAGAAAGGAACAGUAGUGAACAUGACUGUGUAAAUACGAGCAGUAACAAGAUACAAAAACAAAGAGGCCCGUCCAGUGAGAACUAGAUUUCGGACUUUUCUUCCUCCGUUAAUGAAUUACUUGGAUAUACACACUCUGUGUUAUACGGCGAGGAAGACGUUGAAGUAACGAAUACUAGUGUUUUUGGAAAUAACCAGGAAGCAUACGAUCCACCGAAGGUUAACACCAUGGCGGCAGGGCAGCCAACAUAACAUGACGUUGAAGUUUGCUUGAAGGCAUAAGUUGACGACGCACUGUAGUCGAACACAAACUACAAUGUCUUGAUAAGAUGGACCACCGCAUGGCUCUUGACGAUAGAGUCAAAACGGUUGCAGAGCGCGUUUCCAAGCUCGACCAUAUCUCCGAGGGGCGGAUAUUGCAGCCGCACAGGUUAGCAGUAGGUUAGAUGAUCUUGAGCGUGAGCGUAAUAGCCUUCGUGACGAUUUGAUGUACAUGAACGCUCAAAGCCUGAGGAUGUACCGGAAACAGAGAACGAAACACAUGAGACAACCGACAAGAUUCUGAGAAAACAUUUGAGCGAUGCCCUCAAAAUUGUUCAGAAAACUGCGGACACUAUCAGGUUUUAGAGGGUCCAUCGAUCGCCUGCGGAACACACACGUGGGAAGGUUAUUUCUACAAAUUCACUUUUUGCGAUUAUAAUAUAGUGACCAACUCAGAACGAGUUUCAAAGAAGGUCGUCCAAAAUAUGUCACAUCAAAGUCACAUACAUGUAUCAGUAUCGUUAUGGUAAAACGUGUCAAAUGUCAUUGUAUUAAAUAAACAAUUAAUA